UUGUCUGUCCCUUCUUUCGUUACUGGCAGCCGCCCCUCCACCUGAUACCUAGCCCCGCACCACACCACACCACACCACCUCAUACAUCGUCAUCAUCGUCAUCAUCGUCACCACCACCACCACCACCACUCGCAUCCCAACAACCCACGCCCUCCUGCUCCACCAUGUCCGUCUACCGCUCAUCGACGGGCAACCUGGAUCGCUUCGACGACCCGCCUCGCGCCACUGAACGAUGGGACCGCGAGAAGUUCGAGCGCAUGCGACGAAACGCCGCCGGCGGUGGCGGUGGUAGUGUUCGUGGCCGCCCCGAUGAAAAGGAGCACUUUCGCUUCCAAGAGCACGAACGCUUCCCUGGAGGCCACCGCGACGUUGACAUUCACGAAGACCGCACUCGUCGUGGCCCCGCUGUCGUGGAAAGAGAGCGCUUCUACGAGAACGAUCGCUACGACCGCCCCCCGCGGAGAGCCCCCACCGAACUGUUCCAUGAGCCAACACCAUCCGAGAUUGCCAACCAGGCUCUUGCCCCCUACCGUCGUCGAUCUGUGAUUGACAGGGACAUCGAUAUCGACAUUGACAUCAACGAGCGGCGCCAGGCUCGCCCGCCCAAGCCGCCUCGCCCCCAGUACGUUCGCCGCCAAUCGUCCCUGGAUACCUUCGAUCGCCGGGCCAUGCCCCGAUAUGGCGAUGUCGAGAGGAUCGAGAGGUACGAAACCCACGAGUACCGCCCGCCAGCCAAUGUCCCCAUCCCGCUUCCCAUUCGCGAGCGCCGAUCACCUCCUCGCCGUUUCCUUGACGAUGAGGACUUUGAGGAGAUCAAAUACGAUGAACGUAGCGGAAGGGGUCACGAACGCGAGGACUACCGCGAAGUGGAAGUCCACCGUGAAAAGAGCAGGGUGCGAAGAAGCAAGAGCAGAGCCGCGAGGUCAACACGUAGCUCCUCCAUUUCUAGCUUUGAGGAAAUCCAGCCUUCUCGAGCAACCUGGGGCAAGAAGGGCAAGACAAGACUCCCCAAGCGCCUGGUCAGGAAGCAAGCUGUCAUUGAUCUCGGCUAUCCAUAUGAAGAAGAGGACGACUUCAUCAUCGUUACUCGAGCACUCGAGAAGGACCACAUUGAUGAAAUCAUCAAGGUCAGCGAGUCGUACAAAGAAGAGAAAAUCACCUACGUCUACGAGGAGACCCACGAGGAGCCUCCACGACCAGCGUCUGUUGCCCCGCCACCAUCAGUUGCGCCACCGGCAUCCGUCGCACCGCCACCACCACCACCACCAGUCGUUGAGGUUCCUCCACCAGCCUCUGUGCACGCACCGCCUCCACCCCCACAAGUGGUAUAUGCGCAGCCUCCCCCACAGGUAAUCUACGCUCAGCCGCCGCCAUCUCACCACGCACCAACCGUCUACGUCCCGUCGGAGCGUGCGCCAUCUCCGUCAGUUCAUGAACACGAGCGCGUCGUCGAAAUUGACCGUUCUGCCUCUAUCCAUGGUCCGGCCACUGCUUUCCUCCCGGAACAUCGCACACUUGUCCGCCGUGACGAUCGUCGCACUGAGCGGGAGAUUCGUGACGAAAUCCGCUCCCUCGAGGAAGAACGCCGCAUGCUCAAGUAUGAGCGAGAAGGCGAACGCGAAUAUGAGUUUAUUGAACGCCACCCCAAACGAGAAGUGAUGCGCGUUGACAGAGACCGAAAGGGUAGGUUAGCCCUUGUUCGCUCGGCCCAUUAGAACGACUCGUUGAUUCCAUGGUUAUAGUAGUCCGCAAGGAUCGACCCAACCCCAAAAUCGUAGCCUUAGCUAUGGGUGCGCUGUCUUGAAUUGCUUCUCCCUGGAACUGGAGGGCUUACUGCUGGUUUUGUCAAGCUGCGCCAUUGUCGACUUGAUGGGACGAGCGCCUAUGAUUCUUUUUAUCUUUCACUUUCUACGGCUGGACUUUCCAUUAUUCUAUCUCUUUUGCAUUCUAUAUGUAUUUCCUUUAUUUCUCCUUCUCUUUUUCUUCAUCUUGGGGCUUUCGGGAGGCGCAAUUUAUACAGGCAAAGAUCAUACCCAAUCUUUGGUACAUGUCCAAGGACAAGCAAAGACGAACUUUCUGUAUGAUAACGAGAAUUCUACGAAGAAUACGAUAUGGAUGAAUUAUGC